ACUACGAAGCCACGAAAGAGCAAACUAGGCACAUGCCAAACUGGUCUGAUUUUUCGCGGACAGUUGCUGAACGGCUUAGUAGAUAAGGGCCUGAAAUUGAAUCAUAUUUUACAAAAUGGCUGAUGAGCGUUGGAUCCUGUCCGUGAUUUCUGAGGUUUCAUUUGCAGCUUCACCGCAUCUGAAACGGUUGAGGGAGGAUUACAACAUCGUUUUUUUGACGGACUUCGAUAAAGACAGAGAAUCCUUCUACGACAAACUAAAAGUCAUCAUCCUUUCGCCUGCUGACAAUGGAAUGGAAAUCAAUGAAGAGUUUUUAAGGAAGUCAAGGAAUUUGAAGGCUCUUGUGACGAUAAGCACGGGAAUUAGCCACAUCGAUAUACCGCUACUCCGAAAGUUCAACGUUAAGGUAUACAGUGUCUCGGGUUCAGUCACAGCCGAAACCACGGCAGAUCAGGGCUUCCUACUUAUGAUGAUGGCUAGCAGGCGUAUAAUGGAAUUCAUUGAAGUAGCCAAAACUUACACGGUGUCGUCUGUGGAGGAGGAGGCGUCUACGUCUUGGGAGGUACCUUUAAGGCUUAUCGGUUGUGACGUUCAUCACGCCACCCUUGGCAUUGUGGGAAUGGGAUGGAUUGGGUUUGAAGUAGCCAAACGAGCCAAAGGUUUUCAGAUGAAAGUCUUGUACCACAAUCGGCAUAGACGAGAUGACGAUGUUGAGGUCGGAGCGACAUAUUGCCCAACGUUAGAAGAUCUUCUGCCUCAUGUCGACUACCUGAUGCUGACCCCACCCCUGACGGAGGAAACCAGGGGCAUGAUGGGAAGGGAUCAAAUGAAACUCAUGAAAGCAUCUGCCAUUAUCAUCAAUGUAUCUACAGUGUGUCCCAUCAUUGUGACCGAUGACUUGGUGCAGGCGCUGAAGGACGGUACGAUAGGGGGCGCUGCCCUGGACGUGACCGACCCCGAGCCCCUUCCCAUCAACCACCCACUCCUGCAUAUGCCGAACGUCAUCAUCUCCCCCCAUGUGGGCAUGUACACCCGCGAGGGCAUCGCAAGGAUUACAUCUGCUUCCGCGGAGGAUGUCAGAGCAGCCAUGGAUGAUGGAGAGUAAUCAGGCAGGUGUUUCGUAAAGCUGUUUCCACCACAAUAAAUAUUCACCAAUCCUCGCUAUUGACAAUA